AUGCCGUCUGCACCCAACGGCCUUGGGCUGGACCCGUCGCUCGAGAUUUUCUCGGAUGCACUAGGCACCCAGCCGCAGGACAGGCGAGAUUCCGACGCCAUCCCCAUGGUGCCGCUCUCCUUCCACCCACAGAACGGCGCGACACACGAAAAACGUGUCAGCAACCGCUCAUCCACGCUCUCUUCGUACUACAAUUUCGAUGAAUUUUACGACGUAGAGCCGUACGGAGAUGAGAAUCACUCGCGGGCGUACUUGGAGCCAUCGCACACAUACAACUCGUCGCCCGCUGCGUACCACGACCAGCGCAUUGCAAAUUUGGGUACGCCGCGCGAGUACUACGGCUCCUCGCGCAAGAUGCAUGGGAUAAGCGACGAGGCGACACAUACUCCCCAUACCGCUGCUCGGAAGCGGCGGGCUCGCAAGUCUGUCCCGAUCGACUCGCUUGAUCCCACCGGCGUACAGGAGCUCAGUCGCCGCCUUUCGCGCCGCACGCAAAUGGACGGCCCGAACCCGGCACACCGCUCGAUCACCAUUGAGCCCAUUGCCAGCGACGAAAAGGAGAAUUCCGAGACGUUUGAGUCGUCCACUGUCGAUCCGUUUGACGAGAACAACAAGUUUGAUCUUGGGCGCCUCCUCCGCGAGGCAUACGCCGAGUCGGACCGCCGCGGCAAUAUGCGCCGCAUUAUGGGCAUUGCAUUCCGCGACUUUGGCGUCACUGGAUUCGGUAGCGGCGCCGAGCUGAACCAGACAUUCGGCAGUGUGAUGCUGUCGCCAUUGCGUAUUGUCUCCAGUAUCCGGUCCAUGUUUCAUCGUGUCGUAAAACACAUCAUCCGCGACUCGGAAGGCUGCGUCAAGCCCGGCGAGAUGCUUUUGGUUCUGGGCCGUCCCGGAAGUGGGUGCACCACCAUGCUUAAAGCCCUCUGUUCUUACCGGGAUGGCUUCCGCAGUAUCGAUGGCACGGUGCUUUACGAAGGUCUCGACCAUAAAAGCAUCGACGGCCCUUUGCGCGGCGACGUUGUCUACUCACCCGAAGACGACAUCCAUUUCCCCACACUUACCGUAGGCCAGACACUCGCGUUUGCCACAGCGACACGCGCGCCGAGCACCAAAUACCGCAUGACGCUGACCGACGACCAAGGCCGCAAAGAGUACAUUGAACUGACGCGCGAAGUGCUUGCGACGAUUCUUGGUCUGCGCCACACGUACAACACCAAGGUCGGCAACGACAUGGUCCGCGGUGUUUCCGGCGGUGAGCGCAAGCGUGUGAGUAUUGCAGAGACACUGGCAGCGCGCGCCAAGAUUGUCAUGUUUGACAACUCCUCGCGUGGUCUCGACUCUUCGACUGCGCUCGAGUUUGUCACUGCCCUGCGCGUUUCCACCAACAUCUCUAUGAGCACGACCGUCGCGAGUAUUUACCAGGCCGGCGAGAAUAUCACUCAGCUGUUUGACAAGGUAUGCGUGCUUAACCAGGGACGCAUGGUCUACUUUGGUCCUCUGGCCUACGCUGUAGACCACUUCAAGUCGAUUGGCUUUGAGCCCCUCCACCGCCAGACCACGGCUGAUUUCCUCGUUGCCUGCACCGACCUGACAGGACAGAAUGUUAACCCACACUUUGAAGGCAGCGUACCGCGUCUCCCCGACGAACAGGCGAGAGCAUUCCGCAACUCUCCUGUGGGCCGCGCAAACCACGCCGAAGUGGAAAACUACAUUGCAGUGAUGAUGUCACGCCAAACGAAACAGAACGCCGACUUCUACGUCGACUUGGCCCGCGACGAACGUGCAAAGCAUUCACGCAAAGGCAGCAAAUACCUGAUUUCAUGGCCGAUGCAAGUACGCCUUGCACUCAAGCGCCGCGCCCAAAUUGCCUGGGGUGAUAUGCCGACGCAUCUCACCGUCAUUCUUGCCGCGCUCUUCCAGUCCAUCAUCAUUGGCUCCGUGUUUUACCAAAUGCCCCACAACUCGUCUGGUUUCUUCUCGCGCGGUGGUGUACUUUUCUUCUCAUUGCUGUACAACAGUUUCACAGGCAUGUCGGAGAUUUCGCUCGGGUACGAACAGCGCCCGAUUGUUAUCCGCCAAAAGCGCUUCGCCAUGCUUCAUCCCUCUGCAGACGCACUUGGAAACACACUGCUGGAUUUCCCUGUGCGCAUGAUUUCCAUUCUCAUCUUUGACAUCGUUGUCUACUUUAUGACGGGACUGAGCUACACGGCGGAAAAGUUCUUUACCUACUUUGGCGUCACAUCGCUGGUCACGUACUGUAUGACGGCAUUCUUCCGCAUGCUUGCUGCCUCCACGAAAUCCGAGCCGCUCGCGACCAUGUUUGGCGGUGUCGCUGUGCUGGACGUGGCGCUCUACACGGGUUAUAUGAUCCCGCGCAAGUCGAUGAAACCCUGGUGGAAAUGGCUGAGCUACUGCAACCCCGUCGCGUUUGGUUUCGAGAUGCUUCUUGCUAACGAGUACCGCGGCCUCGAAUUCGCCUGCCAGCAGCUGGUGCCUUUUGACAAGCCCGGCACGAGCUUCGAUUACGACAGUCCCAACAACACGCCGUACCGCGUCUGUCCCAUUGCCGGUGCUGAGCCCGGCAGGGCCACGGUGAAUGCCGAGCGAUACUUGUUGGAUAUGUACGGAUUUAGCUGGGACAAUACCAACCGCAACGCUGGCAUUCUGAUUGGGUUCUGGAUCUUUUUCCUCAUUUGUUACUUGUGCGCGUCCGAGCGCCAAAUCGAUCCCGCAGCGUCGGGCGGCAUGAUGCUCUACAACCGUGCCACCUCGAAAAAUCUCCCGAGCGUGCGCGAAGGCAAGGGCCUGGAGGACCUGGAAACUGAUCCGGAACUGCGCCAAGCCAAUGCGGCCGUCGAGAAUGAAGUCGCGCCUGUUGCCGCCGACGCGGCACCGCGUCAUUUGCAAGUCUCUGAUUCAGUGUUUAGCUGGGAGAAUCUCAACUUUGACGUGAUGAUCAAGGGCGAGCCGCGCCGCCUGCUCAACAAUGUAUCGGGCUUUGUCGCUCCCGGAAAAAUGACGGCAUUGAUGGGCGAGAGCGGUGCCGGGAAAACGACAUUGCUGAACGUCUUGGCGCAGCGCUCAGACGUUGGCGUUGUCCACGGCGACUUUUUCGUGAAUGGACGCGCACUGCCGCGCUCUUUCCAGGCGGAUACUGGCUACUGCCAGCAGCAGGAUGUGCAUCUUGCACAAACCACCGUGCGCGAAGCGCUUCAGUUUUCUGCGAUGCUCCGCCAGCCGCGCGAGACGCCGAAGGAAGAGCGACUUGCGUACGUCGAGACGGUGAUUGAGCUGCUUGAGAUGCAGUCGUUUGCCGAGGCGCUCGUCGGUGAAGUCUCGGAGGGUCUGAGUGUCGAGCAGCGCAAGCGCUUGACGAUCGGCGUCGAGCUUGCCGCGAAGCCAAGCUUGCUUCUUUUCCUCGACGAGCCCACGUCGGGCUUGGAUGCACAAGCGGCGUGGUCGAUCGUGCGUUUCCUUAAGAAGCUUGCGAACGAAGGCCAAGCCAUUCUCUGCACGAUUCACCAACCGAGCGGUGAAUUAUUCAACCAAUUUGACCGCUUGUUGCUGCUGCAGAAAGGCGGCAAGACGGUCUACUUUGGCGACAUUGGCGAGAACUCGCUGAAGAUGCUGCACUACUUUGAGCAGCGUUGCGGCGUCAAGUGCGACAUUAAUGCGAACCCCGCCGAAUACAUUCUGGAUGUCAUUGGUGCCGGCGCCACUGCCACCACCAAGCAUAACUGGCGCGAGUACUUUUUGCAAAGCCAAGAGUACAAGGAUUUGCAGCAGCAGCUUGUGAUUUACCGCCACUCGAACACGGGCGGCGAGCAGGACCAAGGAGCGCGCUCCCAGCGUGAAUAUGCACAGCCCUUCUUUGUCCAGCUUUCGCAGGUGACGAGCCGUGCUUUUGUUGCCUACUGGCGCAAUCCACUUUACCUUAUUACCAAGUUGAUUCUCAACGUCGUCUCUGGGCUCGUCGUCGGCUCCAGUUUCUGGAAGCAAGGCAAUGAACAGACCUACAUUGCGCUGCAGAACCGCUUGUUUGCAUGUUUCCUUGCGCUUGUCGCUUCUACCUCUCUUUCACAGCACCUGCAACCCGAGUUUAUUCGAUUCCGCUCGCUCUUUGAGGUGCGCGAGAAGCCUUCCAAGCUGUACACCUGGCCAGUCAUGGUCCUCGGCGCAAUCCUCGUCGAGAUCCCGUGGAACUUUAUCGGCGGCACGGUGUACUGGAUCCCGUGGUACUACUUAAUCGAGUUUCCCACCGACUCGAAGCGCUCGGCGUACAGCUGGGGCUUCUACAUGCUUUUCCAGCUCUACUAUUGCACCUUUGCACAGGCCAUGGCAGCGAUCAGUGCGAAUGCCAUGAUUGCCUCGGUGCUCUUUUCGACCUUCUUUGCAUUUGUCGUUGUGUUUUGCGGUGUGGUGCAGCCGCCGCCAUUGCUCCCGUCGUUUUGGCGUUCUUGGAUGUACCACGUGAGUCCUUUCUUCUACUUUAUGGAAGGCAUGCUUGGAAACGCAGUUGGUGGCGUCGCCGUCCAGUGCGAGCCCUCCGAGAUGCAGCAGCUCUUUCCUCCUCCGGGCAUGACGUGCGAUCAGUACUUGACCGAGGGUGGGUUUACCACCGCCGUGAAUGUGAGCCCUGCCGCGCAAGGCAUCCAGCAAGGCUAUGGCUACUACACCAACGGCCCGAGCAGCUCGUGCCUCUUUUGCCUUUACCGCUACGGCGACGACUAUCUCGCCACGGUGCUUAUGGACGCGGGGUCAAAGUACCGCGACCUGGGCAUUGUCAUUGCCUUUAUUGCUUUCAACACUGCCCUCGUGUUUGCCCUCUUUUACCUGUUCCGUAUCCGCCGCUGGGGCAGCAGCAAGGUCAAGCCCGUCAAGUCGCUCACCGGCGAGCAGCACGACGAGUCUGUUGCAGUGCCGGCCAUGGAAGCCGAGGCACCGACAAUGACCUUUAGUGGCCCGGGCAUGGGCGCGGUUGGAUACGGCGUUGACGACAAGCUUCAUUCUAUGAUGCCGGGGCGCAACAAAGCCUCUGAUUCCACAACCAACAUGCUCAACUCCGAUUCCCCAUAUCUGCACCGCGGCGAUCCCAACGACGGCUCCAUGUUCCUUUCUUCCCCCAUGCAGCCUACGCACUGGAACACGCCCAAGCUGCCGGGCUCGGCGCACUGGGCCACGCAGACACAGUCAAAGCAAACUCCCUCCAUGGCGGAUUCGCCCGAAAUGGGCCAGGGUUUCCCAGAACACACGCUCAGCACCCCAGCCACUGCACACGGCCAUGCACUGACCAUGCCGUCCUCGGCAGGGCCCACUCCCCUUUUGCCACAGAGCACCCUGCUACCGGAGGCGAUUCCGGAGCGGCGCAGAAGCCGACGGCGCCGAAGCUUGCGCGUGCCUCGCACAGCGAACCAAGACGAAACCACGGAAGCACGUCGCGAACCGCGCGGGCGCUACCGAAACUCGUCUUAUUCCUCGCGCACGCUGUCCGGCCUGUCGUAUUACUAUGACGAGUAUGCAUCGGAUGAUUAA